AUGGGCAAGGCGAAGGUUGCGGCUGUGCCUGCAAAAACUUCUGCAGUCCCCAGCAAGUCCUCUAAAGCUGGUUCAUCGGCAACUCCGUCCUCAUCUGCAGUUUCAACGACUAAGAAAGGCGCAAAGGGCAAACAGAACGAAGAGCAGCCCCCCACGCCUGUGGUCAAACCCGCCCUGGUUGCCCCAGCCUCAUGGACGGGGAAAUUGCCCGGAGCAUUGCUUCACGAGCACUGCCAGAAGCUCGGCUGGAAUAAAGUGAAUUAUGACAUGUCCCAUAAUUCCUCAGGGUUCACUGCAACUGUAGUCUUGUCGAACAUCAAUCCGAAGACAAGGCUUCCUGAGACUACCCGCUUGCACCCUGAUGCUGAUCUGGUUUCGGGCCAACCAACAGCGGUAGAGGCACGGCAUAUGUCCGCCACUUACGCUCUGCACCGUGUGUCGUCUCACAAGUCCUUGCAGCAUGCAUUGCCUCCUAAUCACCGCAAACUCUGGUCGGAUAUGGAAGCCAAGAGGAAGAUUGAUGUGAAGGAAGGGCGUGGGUGGAAAUACUCGCCGGACCCCUUUCAAACGCGGAGAGAACGAGCGGCGAAUACUCAGUUACCAGCCGGCGAAUCUAUUUCGGCCAAAAAUGUGAAGCAGGGUGGUUUGCAGAGCGCGGGAAAGGAAGUUGCUUCGCUCGCACCCAAUUCGAGGAAGGGACAAUGGGACCCCUCGCGCACCCCAGCAGUGGAAAUGUCCGGAGAUGUACGUCAGCGCGUGGAGGGACUUAUUCGCAAUUACCAUACAUGGUCAGGCGGCCCUCCGCCGAAUGAAGCGCAGCUUGUUGAACGGUUUGUCGUCGAUAUGGGGUGGCGUAAGACUCAUGUGGAAGAAGCCUGCGAGUAUGCUGCUGAUGCGGAGGAACUGCUGGAGUGGCUAUUGAUCCAUGUCCCCGAAGAUGAUCUUCCCCCUCGCUUCUUUCCUCCCAAAUAUAGCGCAGGAGGUAUUAGUGUUGGGCAGAACACAGCGGAUGGUUUAAUUCAAGAAACUACAGCGAAGCGUUUGUCGCAGGGAGGGUAUCAGCUCGAUCAGUGCCGGUUGGCACUAGCAAACAGCAACGGUGACGAAUGUCGAGCUGCUGAGACACUUUUUAGAAACCUAGUUGGCUAUCCGGCUCCAGAAGCUCAGGCAGUAAGCAGUGACCUUUGGUCCGAAGAGGCCAUUUCCUUGGAGGCCAUUUAUGUCGAGAGGUUUCUCAUGACUCCCACAUCAUGGAAAGUGUCGUUAUCGACUGUAACAGGGACGGAUGGCUCCAUAUCGGUGACAAUGUACCCUUCGUCGUCGUACCCUAUGGAACCUCCAGCGCUCUUCCUUCAUGCAGCGCAAUUACCGGCCCAUAUUCGCCUGGCGAUUGCACGUCAAGCCGGACAAUACGCCGUUGACAAUCUGGUGGGUGACAUGAUGUGCUACGCCAUUGUCGAAUGGAUUGAGGAGAACGUGCAAACUAUCAUCGAUAACCCAGGGAAACUUGUUGAAGUGUCUGGAGGAAUCACUGGCUUCAACGAAGCCACUGAUACCAGUGUUACAAAGAAGCGUAAACGCCGAUUGCGCCGCGUCGUGAGGUCUAAUGUCCAGUUCAAUUCUACGGUUGACAGUGCACUCUCUCGACGUUUGAAAGAAGCUUGGCAAGCGAGAUGUGCGACAAGAGAAUACCAAGCAAUGUUAUCGGCCCGGCAAAAGCUCCCAGCAUACUUGCAACGCGACCACAUAGUGCAGACCAUUAUGACUCAUAGGGUAACGCUAGUCACUGGUGAGACCGGUUCAGGAAAGAGCACCCAAGUCAUACAAUUCCUUCUAGAUCACUUGCUUGCUUCGGGUCAGGGCGAAGGUGCAUCGAUGGUGUGUACACAACCGCGUCGAAUCAGCGCUUUAGGGCUGGCUGAGCGUGUCGCCGCUGAACGCGCAGUAAGCGUCGGCUCAGAAGUGGGUUAUGCAAUUCGAGGCGAUAGCAAGUGGGGUCAGGAUACAGCGAUCAGGUUUGUUACUACUGGUGUUGUUCUGCGGUGGAUGCAAACUGCUGACGGUGAACUGGAUGGCAUCAGCCACAUAAUUCUGGACGAAGUACACGAGCGAUCAGUUGAUUCUGACUUCUUACUGGUCAUUUUAAAAGAACUUGUCAAGAGGCGAAGGGAUCUGACCGUCGUGCUCAUGUCCGCUACUGUCAAUGCCGACGUGUUCGCGCAGUACUUUUCGGAAAUUGGACCUGUAGGACGCUGUCAUAUUGAGGGACGAACGUUCCCAGUGGAGGACUACUAUCUUGAGGAUCUAGUCAAGGCUAUGGAUUAUCGUCCCACGAACGUUAGCAUGCGCGGCGGGGCGCAUCGAAGGGGGGAAGAUGGCCCUGACGACUUCGAGGAAGGUGACUUUGACGAGACCGUCAGAAAUGUCCUUAAGACUAUUGGAGAUCGAGUGGAUUAUGACCUUAUUGCGAAAGCUGUACAGUAUAUUGAUGAAGACCUCGGCGACAACAAGGGAGGAAUCUUGAUCUUCAUGUCCGGUACCAUGGAGAUUUCCCGAGCGAUCGACGCUAUCAGCUCUUUACCCUCUCGGGGUCGCUAUCACAUCAUGCCUCUCCAUGCUGCCCUGCCUCCAGCAGAACAGAAGCGUGUAUUUCCGCAUGCCCCGCCUGGAGAAAGAAAGAUUAUCGUGGCAACUAACGUUGCGGAAACGUCUAUUACCAUUGACGACAUUGUUGUUGUGCUCGAUUCUGGUCGUGUAAAGGAAACAGUAUUUGAUCCGCAAGACAACAUAGUAAGACUCGUUGAAACAUGGGCAUCCCGCGCUGCAUGCAAGCAACGACGCGGUCGUGCCGGUCGAGUUACGCAAGGGAAGUGCUACAAGCUGUUCACUAGGCGAACCGAGAAAAGGAAGAUGCUCGAGCAGUCGUUGCCAGAGAUUGCAAGGACGCCUUUGGAGCAGCUAUGUUUGAGCGUUCUAGCAAUGGACGUUAAAGAUGUGAAGGGAUUUCUCUUGAAAGCGCUGACGCCGCCCAGCGUCAGUGCGAUGGAUAGAGCGCUAGUCACAUUGCGCGAAGUAGGUGCCGUACAUGACGAUCGUGAAGAGUUGACGGCACUAGGAAGGCAUAUGUCAAUGAUUCCGGCAGAUCUCCGUUGCGCGAAGCUUCUUAUCUUGGCGUCUAUCUUUGGUCUCCUAGAUGUUGCUUUGACCAUUGCGGCCAUCCUUACAGUACGAAGUCCAUUCCUUUCACCUGCGGACAGGCGUGAUGAAGCUAAGGAAGCACGUCUUGCAUUCUCGAACGGAUCUGGGGAUCAUCUAACUGAUGUUACGGCCUUUAAUACGUGGAACGACAUGAGACGAUCAACCUCCAACAGGGAAGUACGGCUUUGGUGUGAGAAAAACUUCCUCUCACAGCCUACACUGUUUGACAUUGCGUCUACUCGGUUACAAUAUUUGUCGGCUUUGCGUGAGACGGGUUUUUUGCCGUUCUCACGAGAUGCUGUGUCGUCCUUCUCCGUCAAUAGCGGAAAUUUGGCGCUAGUACGUGCCGUGGUCGCUGCGGCGACGUACCCGAAUAUCGCACGCAUCCAAUUGCCAGAUAAGAAGUACCAAGCUAUCAGUGCUGGUGCAAUCGAGGUUGAUCCCGAGGCGAAGGCUAUCAAGUUCUUCUCCCGUGACGAUGGUCGGGUUUUCUUGCAUCCGUCGUCCACCUUGUUUUCUGCGCAGACGUUCAAGGACCUGUUCCUCGCAUAUUUUAGCAAACAGGCAACGAGCAAAGUAUUCCUUCGAGACGCUACACCCGUGGGAGCCUAUGCUGUCCUCUUCUUUGGCGGGAACCUGGAGAUCGACGUCAACGGGCGAGGUAUCACAGUCGGGCGCUGGGCACGCAUCAAAGCUUGGGCCAGGAUUGGGGUACUCGUGGGUCGUCUCCGUGCAAUGUUAGAUGAUCUAUUGGAGCGGCGUAUCGACGAUCCUACGGCAGAGAAGAAGAUGGAUAUAGAGUUGGUGGCAUGUGUGACACAGCUUCUGCAAGGCAAUGGUUUAUAG